GCCUCCUAUAUAGUAUAUAAGGGUUUGUUUGAUCUUUUUAUGUAAGUUCGAUGAUCUAUGUGACCAUUUUCUUUUUCUUUUUUGCUUUAGUAGUCUUUUAGGAAAAUCCUGUCACUUAUCAUCUUCCAUCUUCAUGAAGAUGAAGAGCAGAAGAGAUACUACACUACUAUGUGGUUGAAAAGAGGGCAAUAGCCCCCAUAACACAUGGGGGAAAUGCUGGUUGCUACCUCAACUCAAUGGCGGCCAGCCAGCCAAUAUCAUGAAAACAUUAUGGCCUCCCAAGGUUGUGGACUGGAGAUUGAAGAACAAUUCAUGACUAGAGGCUAGAGUAGCAUCUACAACUGUCCUCUCUCCAACUUCUCAGAGCACAAACGUAGAUUUCGAACGAAAAUGGCUUCAGAGUCUAUGGACGACAUCGAAACCAAAAUCGCAGAAGCAGUGUUGGAAGUUCUCAAGUCCGCUGACAUGGCUACGGCCACGGAGUACACGGUCCGAAAGUCCGCUUCUGAAAAGCUCGGAAUUGACCUCUCCGACCCGGUUCGGAUGCAGCUUGUUCGCUCCGUCGUGGAAACGUACCUCCUGGAACCAAAAGCUAUAGAGAUAGCCGUCGCGGAGAAAGCAAAAGAGUAUGAUGACUGCGGUGACCUUGUUCUCUGCCGAUUGUCGGAUAAGAGAAAAGUGACGCUCACUGAAUACAAAGGGACGCCUCUGCUGUCAAUAAGAGAAUACUAUACGAAAGAUGGCAAAGAGCUCCCUUCCACUAAAGGAAUAAGCUUGACAAAAGAACAAUGGGCAUCCUUCAAGCAGAGUGUCCCUGAAAUUGAAGAAGCUAUCAAGAAAAUGGAGUCCAGGCUGAAUUGAGAUGGGGAUUUUCAAAAACUU